GACCCCAAGAGCCCGACAAGGCCGGAGGCGGGAGUGGACGGGGAAAGACUCGCGCCUCGGCCGAGCUUUGAUUUUGAAGGGCCACGUCGGAUGUGUUCGUCUGUGCUCCCGUGCGCUUCGCACACUGCUCCGUCUCGUACACGAGCGGACGCACGAGCGCACACACACACACACACACACACACACACAGAAAAAACUCUCGCUCGCUUCAUGGCUCAUCAGACCUGUGUGUGAUCCGGCAGGAGGAAGAGACGCCGAACGCACAACUCAACAAUGUUGGGUAGGAGAUCAUUAUUUGUGGCUCUGCUCGCCGCUGCCGUUGGAGUUUACCUGCUGCCUUCUCCCAUAGACCCCAAACCACACGUACUGAAGGGGCCUCCUCCAGCCCUCCAGGGACCGCUGGCCGUCAACACCCGUCUGCAGAAGGGUCGGAGGCUGUUCGCUGGUAAACUACACGGACCAGAAUCCUUCACUGCAGAUGAGAACGGUAACGUGUACACAGGAACAGUGGACGGGAAGCUGUGGAGGAUCGGCCCCGACGGCGGCCUCGCCCUGGUCACACAGAUGGGACAGAAUCUACCAGAAUGUGGCAGCAGUACAGACUAUGAGCCUAUCUGUGGUCGUCCUCACGGUGUUCGCCUGGACCGUCACGGUCAGCUGAUUGUUGCCGACUCUUACUUUGGGCUGCACAGCGUCGACCCAAAAACUGGAGAAAAGACUCUCCUGCUGGCUAAUUCACAGGGUGCUGAUGGCGUCCCCUUUGCCUUUCUGAACGGCCUGGAGAUUUCUUCCCAAACUGGGGUCAUUUAUUUCACCGACUCUUCCAGCCGCUGGGGACGCAGACACGUCAAACUGGAGGUGAUCGAGCUGAACAGCCUGGGCCGUCUCCUCUCCUACGAUCCUCAGACAGGAACCGUGAGGGUCCUGCUGGACUCUCUCUACAUGCCCAACGGCAUCGUCCUGUCGCCUGACGAACGCUUCCUGCUGUUGGCCGAAACCAGCAUCGGACGCAUACUGAGAUACUGGCUGAAGGGCCCGAAGGCCGGCACCAGGGAGACCAUCCUGGACAACAUGAUAGGUUACCCUGACAACAUCCGCCUUAGCGACCACGGAACAUUCCUGGUUGGCAUAACGACGACGCGGUUCCGGAAGCUCUUGCCUCCGUUCUUGGAUAUGAUUGCCCCGUACCCGGCUGUCAAGCGCUUCCUGGCCAAGGUGAUUCCUCUGAGCUGGUACAACCUCCUGCUGCCGCGCUACGCUCUGGUCCUGGAGCUGGGACUGGACGGCGAGCUGGUGGGAGCGCUGCACGACCCCGAGGGCCGCCUGACGUGGGCCGUCAGCGACGUCUUCCAGCACCGCGGGAGGACCUACCUGGGCAGCACCGACCUGCCAUUCCUGGCCGUCCUGGAGGGUUGGGAGGGCUGAUGAGGGACCACGGCUACCUCAGAAAGCGGAUCUUCUAGGCUCAUUCGUUUUUAGUUUUGGACGGUUCAAGGUUCUUGUCACGUCGAGCAGCUACAAGGAAAUUUUGUGGCGCGUCUGGAUUUAACAUUUUUAAGGGUUUUUAUUCGACGUUCACAUCUGGAACGACAUGUGAAUGUUUGUAUUAAUCAGACCUGGGUAUUGCGGUCUCUAUAGGUCACCUUGCCACCCACUAAUGAGCUGAGAGGUGAACUGAGCAACUGUGAAUAUCUAAAGACAUUCUUAGAAAAGUCAAACGUCCUGUGGGAACAGAAAAAGCUUCCAUCCGUGCAUUGUAGAGUAAAAUGAAUGUACUUUUUAGCACAAAAGACACGAAGUGUCCCAAAAUACUGUACAUUUUAUUGUUAAAUUGCAGAAAAUAGGUCUGUUAAGAGAGUGUAAAGUAAUCCAAGAACUUCUACCGACUCUGAAAUAGUAGAUGGACACUGUGGCCUUUAAUUGACACAAACAACGAAGUUGCAAUUUCUCAGUAGUGGGUCCUGAACUUGCAGAUUUAGCAGAAACCUGUGAUGAAUGUAACCUCACCCAACUGGCUCACAAGCUUUUUCUCGGACUGGACGUCUGCACGCAGGCAGCAGAAGAGACACUGGCUGAAUCCAUCAAUCUCCUUUCAGCCGGAAUAAAACUUUGAGCUUCAACAGGGACACUUAAUGAUACCUACUUUCUUCCCAGACAUCCUUGAUCUUGGCAUACACGUAGGGUCUGCUAAUAGCUCGGGCGCUUAAAUGGACUCGGAUUUGUGAUUUCCCUCAGACCCAUUGGCCCAGUUUUGUCUUCUUUUGCCCCCUCGGCUGAGAUGCGGCCUGGAAUUGUAAAAAUCAACCGAUGUCCCCCGAGGAAUUUUAAAUUAACACUGGAAAUUUUAAUUUUAGACUUUUUAAAAAAAAAAACAAAAAAAAACGAUGAGAAAUUACACUACUGGAACUUACGCUAAAAUUUUAAAGUUGUUGAAAAGGUAAGCAGUAAACUGCCAAAAGUUUUAAAAUAAAUAAAUAAAUAGGUUUAGGUGACCAAAAACUGGAAAAUCCUGUAAAUUUCUGAGAGAACAGGUUGUUUUUUCAGGGAUGAAGAACUUGGUUAAUUUAAAGCUUUACUGCAGCAGCGGAAGUAAAUUUGCGCCUUGAAAGUUAUUGUGAACAAUUCCUACUUUUUUUGUUGAUCACUUACAAAACCGUCUGUCUGUAAAAAAAAAAAAAAAAA